CGUUACAAUUGUCUUAGAGAUAAGACAUAAAGCCUGGUCUCUACAACACUGAUAUGGAUCUUUAUUUUGUACUGUUAAUCGUUAUUUCGUGUGGACCUUGUGUUUUUGCUGGGUGUAAGACGGGAUGGAUCCAAUUUCAAAGCAAGUGUUAUCAUUUCAGUACCUUGGCCAGAGACUGGGGUGUGGCGUCUAGUUACUGUGAGGCAUUUAAUUCAAAACUGGCAGAGCCACAAACGGAAGUGGAAGCCCAUUUUCUAUCCAGUCAUGCUCAAAAAUACCCGGGGAAAAGUUUUUGGUUGGGAAUAACUGACAUGGUGGAAGAAACCACGUGGAUAUAUGCAUCCAAUCAGGCUCCGAUAGGCGUGUCCUCGAUAUGGGGUGCACACGAACCGAAUGGUCACGCUGCUGAAAACUGCGCAAUGUUGUGGGCAGGUAGCCACGACAAAAUGUCGGAUUACGCAUGCGGUGGAGCACUGAAUUUUAUUUGUGAACAGAAUAAUGAAUUCAACCCUGAAAUAAUUGUUGGUUGAAAAAAACACUCAAGAAGCAAAUUGAAGAUGUGUUACCUGGAAAAAAUAUAUUGAUGAUCAAAUGAUCCAUGUGCUUUUUUUUUUUUUAUGCUAUUGUGAUUAAAAGUAAGUAAAAUAAAAUGUGUUGUAUGGCAGCUCAU